AGUUUUACAAGCUGGAGGAGAUGCCAGCAGAUGCAGUUGGAGCUCAAAAGCUUUUGCGCCGUCUGUGCACAUACUGCCAGAACUCCGGAACCGAGGCUGUCGCCCUGUGUCUCCCCAGACCUGCCGAAACUCAGCCUGCUAGGACGAGCCUCCCCUCCCCCGCCGGCUUCUGCCGCGGGAGUGUGCAGACAGCCCGGUUUGCCAUGGGACGUGGUACUCCUGGCUUUCCCCCGGUGGUCACGCGUUCCCAGCCAGGACCUGCCAGCUCGGUGGUUGCUUCUCCAUCUCCGAUAUUCUUAUUCCCCAUGGAGCCACAACCGUAACCAUGGCAACUCGCGUGGAGGUUGGCUCCCUCAGUCCUCUGACAGGAGUGCCCGGCCUGGGUGAGCUCUCCAAGGAGGAGACCCUGACUCGGACCUACUUCCGCCAGGCUGGCGACCCCGCCAGGGCCCCCUCGGCACUGCUGUUGGAAGGAAAAAGCCCCCUCAGGAGCCCCGUCCGCUUACUGCCCCUGCCGAGACUUGCCCCCAAACCCUUCUCCAGGGAGAAGGCCGCGGAUGUGGUGAUACCCCCGUGGCCCAGCCCGACCAGACCCUCUCUGACCAGGGGGCUCUCCCAGGACACAGAGGGGCCGGAUCUGGACGAGAUGCCUGGCUUGGUGGGGCAGGAGGGGGGCAGCGGGGGCAGCCUGCGAGGCUCGUCUCUGUUUGACAAGGCCGCGGUUGCACGGCCCAGCCCCAGCCCCAGCACCGUGAUUCUCUUUGAAACCACCAAAGCCGGCCCCACCCUGGGGAAAGGGGUCAGCCAGGGGGCUCAGGAGGCCGACGCAGGUGUGUCCCAGGGGCCCCCUUCGGGCUCCCGGCCUGAGGUGGCCACCAAGCCUGCCCUGCCGGCCCGAAAGCCUGCAGGGUCCCUUCCCCGACCAGCCUCCCUGUCUCAGGACAGGAGGCCAGUGGCCACCCAAGAGGAUACAGGCCCAAAGGAGCCUCUGUCAAAGGCCAGCAGCGUGGAGGACGCGGGCAGCCCCUCUGUGGAGCCCAGGCCACGCCUGAAGAGAAGGCCGGUGUCAGCCAUUUUCAUCGAGUCUAUUCAGCCUCAGAGGCCAGGCCCGGGCGGGGCAGCUGCGAUGGGGAAGGUGCCCCCCACCCCGCCUGAGAAGACAUGGAUGAGGAGGAGGCCCAGGCCUCUGUCUGUGGACCUCACGGCCCGGUUUGAGAGUAGAGAGGCCUUGCAAAGGAGGGUGGUGGAUGAGGCCACGACAGGGACCCCUGCCCAGCGAUGGGGGCCGGAGAGGCCCGACCCGGAGCCCAAAGUGGACUUCGAGUGUUUGGUCAAAGCAGAGGCUCCUCUUCACGACCAAGAUUCCGACUUCCUGCAGGUGGCCAGGAAGAUCCAGGAACGGAAGGAGAAGAUGCUCCUUAAGCAGGUGAACACAGGCAGCCUCCAAACUGCCGGGGGCUCAGCCAAGGUCAGCCCCACAGAUGACCGGAAUCUCGGGGAAGAGAAAGCCAAGCUGGACGGGGAGCCGGAGGAGGCCCCCAGGGUCCCCGAGUCCCCUCCACCCAAGCCUGGAAAAGGCCAAGACAUUGCUGAGAUCAAGAGCAGAGGGGCUGAUGGGGACAUCUGGGCAGGGGGAGAGAGGCCCCCCAGGGGUGGCUUGAAGAAGCGCGUCAGCCUGUUGGGGGAGGAGAGUGCCUCAGCCUUGGCAGCAGGGUCCGAACCCCCACCAGCCACCCCUGAGUCCCCACUGGCCGCACCACAGUCAGAGAGAGCAGGUGUGAGCGUCCAGGAACGGAUCAAAGGCUGGGCUGUUGAGAGCUCAGAAGCGAAGCUGGAGAUCAGGAGGAGGGCGGUCCAGGCGCGGCCACUGUCAGCGGAUUUGACCAAACUGUUUUCAAGUGCAGCUUCGAGCAAUGAAGUCAAAUAUGAGAAGAGCUCAGAGCUGAGCGGUGAGCUUCCGAAGGAACCUAGAGACAAGCAAAAGGAAGGGCAUGAUGUGGACGCAGCAUCUGUCCCAAGAAGCCCCUGGAAGCCUGAGACGCCCCAGGAGAAGCCCAGGCAGACGGAGCGGAAAGACAGUUCUAACCAAGUGCCCGACGGCUGUCGGGGUGAAAGCGUGGUGGGGGCUCUGAGCCCUUCCGACGGCACUCCAGAAGACGAUCGAAGCUUCCAGACCGUGUGGGCCACGGUGUAUGAGCAUCGUGUGGAGAAACACACCGUGGCUGACCAGUCAGGAUGCUGUCCCUUGGCCACGACCCCCAGGGACGUGGCCGAUCUCUUGGAGCUCAGAUCCAGGCUCCAAGGGAGAAACUCUUUGCCCCAGACGACAUACCUGAAGAGGGAGUGGUUUGAAAAUCCCGACCCCGAGACAUCGAGGCGAACCACCUUCUCCAAUGGUGAGCCCAAACAGCAUCGCACGUCCUCCCUCCUGGAAAAAUGCCCUUUGGGCGAAAAGGGCAGUAACAGCCCCUUCCACCAGAGCUCGGAAAGCCCUCCCGCGUCGCAGAGGGUCGAGCCCAAGUACGACAUCGUGCACGCGGUGGGGGAGCGCGCGCACAGUGAGGCCGUCCCCAGGGCGCCGGAGGAGAAGGCGGUGACGCUCCGGAGCAGCAGGUCUCGGCUCUCGCUGUCCCGCGAGGUCACCCCCGCUGACCCCGAGUGCAGGCUGGAAGGCCAGGUGGGCUCCGUCCAAAGGGCGAGUUUGAUUUGGGAAGCUCGAGGGACGCGUGAGGUCAGUGGGCCAAAGCCUGAAUCCCCCCGAGAGCCAAAGGACACAUUUGGAGGCAAUUGCCUGUCACCCAGGUGGACAGGUGGGGCGACUUCGAGCUGGCAGAAAGCCACCGUGGUGGUCAGUGAAGAGAGAGGCUCGGAACCGAGCCCCGAGGCCACCUCUGUGAGGACCAUCCAGGCUGCCAUCCGGGAGGCCCAGCACCAGGGGACCGAAGGGGCCGGAAUCAAGCCGGGAGAGAGGGGUGCCCCCUGCGAGUGCCCUCUGGGGCCUCCCUCCAGGGCUAAGGGCGAGCCCUCUGACUCCAGAGCCCGGCCACACCCGGACGCACUGGUGCAGAAGGGGCCCCUCGCUGUGGCCGCCGGCCAGGGUGAACCGAGGCCGGAAGCCAGGAUGCGGAAGGUGAGUCCCGGGGACCAGAGAUUGGAGAGGUGGAGGCGGCGGACUUUACCCCACGACGUGAAGUUUGACGAAUUCAGCUUCCUGGCCCCAGAGCACUCUUCAAAGGCAGAGCAGAGACGGACAGAUUACUUGAGCCCCACCGCAGGUGCCUUAAGAACCCCCCCACCCCCCCACACUAGGGCGGAGACCCAGCAGGUGAAGCCUGGUGUUUCACAGGACUGGGCUUUUCCAGCGGCAAAGCAAGGGUCCUCUGGGGAGCCCAAGGCGACGUUUUUUGCAGUGACUUACCAGAUUCCUGACACCCAAAAAGCAAAGAGCGUUGUUAAGCCCGGGCCUGAAAACACGGCGGAAUAUUCCAGAAAAAUAGCCACACCUCCAUUGCCUCAUCCUUUAACAUCUACUUUGGUUUCUCUUAACCACGGAGAGCCACUGGAGGCCGUGGGCAGUAAAAACCGGGCCCAGGGCAGAGAGCACGACAAUGCAAGCUUUCCAAAGAGUCCAAAGAGGCCGGCAGACCUCCCAGUACCUCUUGGGGACAGGAUUCUGGAUCCUUCCAGUGAAAGGAUCACCGAUACCAGUGCUUUAUGGGUUCACCGGGGACUGGGUGAUGGCACUGGUUUCCACAGCGAUUGGAAGGAGAGUGGGAACAGGACACCCCCCAGCAGUGCCCCCAAGACGCCCCCAGCUUUUAAAAGUCGCCCCAGAGCCAGUGAUGUCCUCAUCAGAAGGAAGACGGAGGUGGUCAGCGAGACAUUUCCGGGUAAAAUCAAAGAUGGCUACAGGUCCAGCGUCCUCGACAUUGACGCCCUGAUGGCCGAGUAUCAGAGGCAGCCGGCCAGAGGCCCCGGGGAGGCUCAGGAGCGGGUGGGGGGUCCACCCGCAGAGGCCAUGGGCUCGAACCCCGAGAGGCCUGGCCAGCAAGGCGCCGUGGAUUGGAGACGGAGGAGCCUGAAGGGGGGCCCUGAAGCGGAGGGACCCCGGAAACAAGCCAGUUUUGCCGAAAUAAACUCCAGUUCCACCCCUGGCUCGGGGAAGCAGCCGGCGGAGACCCCGGGGACACCCACAGACACCAAGUUCAGCCCUCCCCUGUGGGCUCUGCCGCACCCAGCUGCCCCUGAGAGGUCUCCAGGGGCCUCUUCUGGCCCCGCAGUUCCCAGGAAAAAAGGUCUGAGAGUAGCUGAAGAUGAACAGAAGGCCUUUGCUAGUAAACAUCAUGGUGCAAAGGGCCAGAAUCACCCGGCCGAGUCCAAGCCCACCACCAGCUGGGGGGAUCCAGGCAGUGGGGACUGUGUGCCGCCCAAGUCCUCCCCCGCUGGCCAGAAGACAGGGGCCCCGAGGACAUCCCUCGGGAGGGGAGAGGAGGGCAGUGUGGCCCAAUGGGGUGACAACCCACAGGACUGGGGAAGGUCACUGCUGGAUGUCAGGAGGGCCUGUUCUGAGAAAGGCCCCCCGGUCAGAAUCCAAGAGGGCCUGUCCGUCAUGCAGGAAGCCAGAGAGAGGAGGCGAGAGCAGCUCAAAGGGAGGCCCAGCCUCCCCAGGGAGAGUCCGGAGGCCAAAGAGACCAAGAUGCAGCCCUGCCGGCAGGAGUUGGGGAACCGAGACAGUCAAAAGGUGCCGCCACAGGACCUGGGGAGAGAGCAGGCCCUCCAGGACCAUGAGCUGCAGCUCCGGCAGGUGACCCCCACAGCCGCCGGCCCCCGGAGAAGCCACAGCUUCUGCAAGGACAGGAGGAGCGGUCCCUUCAUGGACCAGCUGAAACAGUGUUUCUCCAGGCGGACCCCUGAGGCCAAGGACACUGACACGCUCGUGCAGGAAGCCGACAGCCAGUAUGGGACGUGGACAGACCAGCACCAAAGCGGGGAGAGCUUGGCCCCCGAGUCCCCGUCCCCCGACAGCAGUGCCACAUCGGCUCGGAAGCAGCCGCCCAGCAGCCGUUUGUCCUCCCUGUCCUCCCAAACGGAGGUCACCUCAGCCGGGGACCAGCACGACUGCUCCAGGGACCAGCGGAGCACCAGCGUGGACCGAUCGAGCACCGACCUGGAGUCCACGGAUGGGAUGGAGGGGCUGCCCCCUCUGGACACCUGCCCUGUGAAGACAGUGGAUGACUUCUCCUUUAUCGAUCAAACCUCAGUCCUCGACUCAAGUGCCCUCAAGACCCGGGUGCAGCUCAGCAAGAGGAGCCGCCGCCGGGCUCCCAUCUCCCACUCCCUCCGGCGCAGCCGGGUCAGCAAGUCGGAGAGCAGGUCUCCUCUGGAGGAGGAGGCCGACAGCACAUGGAUGUUCAAGGACUCCACAGAAGAGAAAUCCCCCAGGAAAGAAGAGUCAGAUGAGGAGGAGAAGCCACCCCGGGCUGAGAGGACACCCGUCAGCCGACCCCAGAGGAUGCCUGUGUUUCCAGGAGUGGACCCGGCAGCACUGAAGGCCCAGCUGCACAAGAAGCCAGAGGCGGACAGUCCCAGCGAGACCCCUGGCUGGGCCCCCCAGCCCAAGACCCCCAAGUCCCCCUUCCAGCCCGGGGGGCUGGGCAGUCGUGUGCUCCCCUCCAGCGUGGACAAGGAUGAGAGAUCAGAAGAGCCCUCUCCCCAGUGGCUAAAGGAGCUGAAAUCCAAGAAGAGGCAAAGCCUGUAUGAGAAUCAGGCUUGAGCAGACAGGGGACGCUGCCACGUCUGAUGAACAAGCCUUAACUGUCAGAACCCGAAGACAAGGUCACGCUGCUGCGGUCCCCGCCUGUGCACGCCUGGUGGAGAACGCGGCCCAGGGCCCCCGCCCCUCGGCAGGCUCUCCCGGAUGGAUCGGGGCAGGCAGGCUCUCCCUCCACGAGCACUUGCACUGUCUCCCCGGACGGCGCUUCCGGCUGGGAAAGAAGCCAGGCGGCCCACAAAUGUCCAUGCUGGCGGUUUUGUGGGUUGUUUUUUUUUUUUUUUUUAACGUAAAAAUGUGCACUUCUGCCCGUUUUAGACCCCUGCAGCAGCUCCAGGAACACAGAUGUAAGGCUGGACCGUCUCCCUGGGCCUCUUCCCCCCCGCCCCCAGGGCCGCUCUUUUUGGAAAGGAUGUUCCCAAGGAAAACGCAACCGUUCAUUUCCUGCUGUGACCAUGGCCCAAGGCAGUACCACCAGGCUAGGGGGUUUGAUUGCUUUUUUGGCAAGAUCCUUCUCCCUCUCGAAGAUUCUUUCAACACACCCACCCUCGGUCUUUCAAGUGUAUUCCUCCUUCCAGUGGGGCUGUGUGUGUAGCUGGCCUGUUCCAUCGUACGUCAUGUUUCGUUUGCUUUAGAAGGUGAUAAAGCAAUAAUCUAGCCAACUUUCUUUGAAAUUGGAGAUGUAUACAUGUUUUUCUGUUAAAGAGCAGGAGCAGAGGUGUGUGAAUAGUUUGCUUGAAGUAUCCAAUCAUCUCAGGUUCUCUUAUCCCUACCUAAGCUUUUAAAAAAUUCUCAUUGUCACCCUUGUGUACAUUUUUCUGGUUCCUUUUCAUUUGAGCUCUGAUGUCUAUGGGGUGACCUUUGUCCCUUGGCCUCAAGGGUUCAAAAACUGCAGCCCAGAUGGCAGUGCCUUUUUCUCUCAAACAUCAGACACACCCCGAGACUUUCUCCAAAGUCCUUCUCUGAAUGCGACCUGAGCUGCUGGUAUGGAAGAACUACCCCCAGUUGGUCUCAGAGCAAACAUGUGAAUGAGGGGUACUUUUUGUUUCUUCUCACCUCUUCUUUCUACCCACCCUCCCCCGAGUUCUACCUGACCAGGUGCUUUUUCUAGGUCCAAAAUGCAGGAAAGGAGAGUCUUGCUUAAAGUCCUUUUCUGGAGGGGAGCCUCCUAGUCCCCAGGCCAGGGACUCUGGACAGACAUGCUGGAUGCCAGGUGACCAAGUGUAGGCUUGCCUCGCCUCUUCUUUUCUUGCCAACUCUAAGCUCAUUCCCAGGAAUCUCCAAGACCUCUGGGGUCUCCAGCCACUAUCUACUCUGUCCCUUUUUUUUUUGGAAAUCCUCCACACCAGCCUCCCCCACCUCUUAAGCCCAAGGCUCCAGCAAACAUCUCAGAGAUGGCUGGCCCACCCGCCAUGCCUGGAAUUGCCAUAAACUUUGUGCCAACCUUGCCCAGGAGACACCCAUCUGUGAGAAAGAUGCUUGGACAGUUCGCAGGGCAGCCUCUGACUGCUGAGGGGUGCUGGGGCUGAGUUUCCUAAUGGAUCUGUGCCCGGCACUAGACUUCCCCAGAGGUGAAAAAUCUCUUUUGAUAAAUCCGCUCUUUGCAAAUGGUGUCAAAACCUGCAUCCCUUCUCCCUGGCCACCUCUCCUAGAGUCUCCAUCUGUCUCCCCAGUUCCUCUUCCUCCCUUAUCUCCCUCACCACCUCUUCUGUCUCUUGGGGGUGACAGGAUGGAGACCAAUCCUGUCUCUCCAGGUUAAGGCAAACGCCUGGGCCGUGGGGAGUUGUGGUCCAGCACCACGGACAGCGACUGCAGCCCCCCCCCCCCCCGACCCCCACCCCACCCCCCACCUCCCCGAAUCCUGUCUACUGAGCUUUGGCCACUGGAUGGGCAAUUUUUGGAGCCUUUCACCUGCCCAGCCUUGUGCAUCUGGAAGCCUCAUGCUUCUGUGUCUGCAGGUUUGGCCCUGCUUGAUCAUGGUUUGUCUUCUCUUCAUUCCCUGAGUUAGUGGCCAGUCCGUUCUCUCUGGCCAUUGAGGGAUUUAAUCAGUUGAUUUUUCUUUCUUAUUUUUUAAAGAUCCAGUUCACAUUUUAUUUCAGUUUUGAUGUAGUGGCUUUCUGGGUCAGCAGGUUCCCUUUAAAAGACCCAACUUCUUUUCUUGACUGCCAUCUUUCUUUGUCUUUCUCAAGGUGCAGAGGGCCCCUCGGUACCACCUUAGGCAGUAGGAAGUGACCUGCUCUGUUUGGUUAGUACGUUGACACUCACCGUGCAAAACGCUCAGUUUUGAAUGAGUCAUGUUUCAGCCUAGAUACACCCAACAGGAAAGAAAAACACUUGAAAACGAGAUUGAACUGCAGAUCUUCUACCUAACCUCCCACACCUGGCUUGGAACUCAAAAUCCAUUUAAUUCCUUGGUGAUGAGGACGUACAAAGUCCACCCCCCUCGGAACUGACCACAGUAGCCUCGUCCCUCCACUGCAGACAAUCACAGUGGGUCAGGAGUGGCCCACUUAAUGCAGGCUCCCGUGAGCUCUGGCUCCUGUGACCUCUGCCUCCCGUGACGAUGACCCAUGCAAUGAAGUUAGCUGCAGCUGAUGCUCGGAGCCUCUGCAGAUAGCUGGGCAAGUGGGUUAUUUAUUUCUCCUCUGUCUAAACUGGGUGAGCUCUUGGGGGGCUAAGCAAGGGGUUGCGUGCUAGUUUCUUGAGUUUGCUUGGAGCCACCUUUGGAAAUCUGUCUCCUUUCAAAGUAACUUACUAUGCCUUAAUUAUUUGUAUGCAAUUAAGUCACCUGCCCUCAUCCAGCCCUCCUCCCCUGGGCCUUUGGCUUUCUUUAAAUGAGAGUUUUAUACAGAAUGCAUCAAAACUAAGAUGGGUGAUUUUUUAAAGUAUAAUCUCUCUCUCUCUCCCUCCUUUCCUUGCCCCGCCUCCCCACACCCCUUUUGCACAUCAGCAUUUUGAUGGCUGGUCUUUUGAUAAGUCUGUAUCUUUUUCCCUCCAGUAGACCCCCUUCUUCAUAGUCCCUUGCCUAAUGUAACAGAAGCCUUUGGCCUGUAAAAUUCCAUGGCGUGGCCUCCAAAAUCAGUGUUGUGGAGACUCCCUCAGUGCCACCAGAGAAAUUCCAGUGGAACAGAAGCCUCGCGGUGUUUAGAACGUUGGAGGUUCUGAGUGACACUGACCUGACAGCCUCGUGUCAUCGAGGAUUCGGGGAAAGGACAAUCAGAUGGGGGAGGUUUUGCAGGGGACAAGCUGAGUCAUGUACUUUCAAGCAAAUGUGUUUUCCUUUGGAAGUGAGGCCAAGUGUAGGUAUCUCCACGGAGCAAGAGUAGAAAUAAGCCUAAGCCUGAGGUCCUAUACCUUAGAGGCUGCCAGGGGAUUUGGAAAAACUUUAGGCAUGACUUCCCGGAAGAAGACCUCAGCUGCUCCCACCUGGUGCUGACAGCUGCCUCGUCCAUUUACGCAAUUUUUCAUCGCGAUGCCCCCGGAUUGCCCCAGGAGCUAGGCAUAAUUACAAAGCGAGACACCCACAGGCGUGCGGUCGGAGCACCUCCAGAACUCUUACAGGUGACUCGGGCCUGCAUGGAAGACGGAGCCCCCCCCCCCCCAUGGAGAGGGCUCUCAAGGCAACCUCUCCCUCCGCAGUUUCUGCUUCUCCUCCUCAACCCCUGAGGCCCCUCCCACACAGCCCUGUCCCUUCGUAUAAGAAGUGAGAUGACUGUUGCCUCGAUGUAAAGUGGCAUUUCAGGGCGAGGUCUGCGGGGAGGUGGGAGAAAAAGCAUUAUCCACUGGGAAUUGCACCCCAUCCCCCCAAUUUAAGCCAUUGAGAGUCACUACAGUAACAAAGACUUCUUAGCCUCUGGGUCUUUCCUCCUCCAAAAAGUGCUAAAACAGGAACCCCCCCAAAAAAAGCCCAUGGCAUCUGAUUCCAUGGGGUAGAAGGGACAGUAUUAAGGUGGGGGGAGCCACUUAAAGGAGGCAGGACCCACUCCACGUCUGAUAGGAGAUCCACCUUGCACUCCAUCCCCUUACAGAGGGGUGGAUCCGAGCCCUGUGCUGAGAAGCUGCUAGGAGUCACCCUGCUGGACUUCUGGGCAAGCCCAGGGUCUGGAAAUGUAGAGCCACACAGAAAGCAAGUGGGCUUGGAUGUGCCGGGUCUUAGCCGAUCUGUGUCUCCCUUGGCCCCACCACCUCUCCAGAGAUUUCUUUCUUUUGUCUGUGUUGAUACGUGCAGGGAGGGGGCCAGAAAGCCAGGUUAGUUCUGGAAAGUCAGCCUGAGAUUUCUGGCAAGGUGAACCUCGCAGUCCCCUCCCUUGUCCUCCCAGAAUCUCCUUAAAUUGUUACCCUCACACCUGGUGCCACAUCAUCUAAGGCAUCAGCCCUGGCGCUUUUAUGACAAUCUCCAGUGGCGUCACAUCUGCUUAAAGAAAAGUGAUGCCAUUGUCUGCAGAAGAAUUUGAGCUUUUUAAUGAUCUCCCACGCAGCCUUAUAGAUCCUGUAAAUAGGGGGCUCGCAAAAGUCAUCCAUCAUGUAUGGAAGAUAUUUUGUACCAUGGUGUUUCCUAAAUCAUAGCCCACAAGUCAUGCACUUCCCAGAUAAUUACAGUCCUCAAAAUGCUUUGUAAGAUGGGGAAGCUGGAAAUAUACAUACGUACGACACUCUGUUUUCCUAACCUUUCUUCGGGGUCCCUUCCUCGGAUAUCUGAGUCAUGAUGGGAACGCGAGUCCUGGGUGCAGGACAGUUGGUGCCUCCUGCCAGCUGGGCUCCUUGUAGUUGCCUUAUGAACUCACAGGCUCUCAGAGUUCUGAACGGAAGGCAGUCGAGGGGCAGGCACUUUAUCCAAUCCCAGAAAGGGUCUCUAACCGUGUGACUGAGAAUUCAUCUAGAGAAACCUAUAUUUUUAACAUUAAAACAAACGGGGGCUUCCCGGACCUCACAGAGUGCUGGAUGUCUACAAGUGCUUUUAUAUUUUGUAACUGCAAAGAGGUUUCCUGCGCACAGAAGAGCAGUUGGGAGUCUGGUCGACUGCCCUGAAACAAACUGACCUCUGCAUGUACAAAGAUGUUGCAUUCAGACUACGAAAACAGCAAAUAAAGCUUUGACGCGAGCUGCACUGGAGAAGUGGGCGUGUCGGUGUGUGGAUGAAUGGGCGGCCCCACGCACGCAUGCCUGUCACCAGCUGAGUCAGUCUCUCCUCUGUGCUGAGCUGGGGGCCAGGCAGCGGGAGGGCGUAGCGGGGGUCCUGGGAGAGGGGCCCCGUGGACACAAAGCAGGAUGUCCAUACAACGUGGGGUUGAAUCCUCAUUCUGACUCCGAGGUGUUUCUGAACCCCCACCAUUCUCCAAAAUAGGGGUGGUGACGGCGACAUUAGUGGACAAAAGGUUAAGGCAGCGGUUCUCAGGUGGGUGGAUUUUGCCCCUGUGGACAUCAACUGGCAAUGACAGGAGACAUUUUUGGUUAUCACAGUGGGGUAGGGCAUUGCCAAGGGCAACUAGUGGGAAGAGGCAAAGGAUGCUGGUAAAAUCCCACACUGCACAGGACAGCCUUCCCCAAUCCAUCAUCACAAAGAAUGAUCCAGCCCCAAAUGGCAAUAGUGCCGACUAGUUGAGAAUCUGGGCACAUAGUAGGUCUUCAGGAUCUAAGGAACUGAUAGUGGGGGGAGUCACACCUGAUAGGCUGUCCCCACCACUGACUUUCCCCUUAGAGUCCCCGCAAGUGGCCACUGAAUCCCAGGUUAAAGGGUUGAAACCAGCUGUGUUUUCCAUGAGCACCAGCAGGAAGUAGCCCCUUGUCUGAAAUGGUCAUUAGUAGGAGGGAUCUUCAGUGAGUAGAAGUAAUAAAGUAACAAAAAUGAGUGCUUUGCUUUCCUCAUCUCUCAAUGGUUGGAGUAAGCAUCUCCAUUCACAGGUGAGGAGGCUGUAGCUCUGACUUUCAGUAAGUCAUCCAAGGUCACCCAGCUCCACCUGUUUCCAGAGUCCAGCUGUCACUCACAUGUCCAGGGGUACAGGGGUCUUGGGUCCUGCCUCUGACCGGGCUCGCUGUAAAAUGAACGCUGAACGUGAUUUUCACCUUUUGCCUUUUUUCAUAAAAGCAAAAAAAAUCUCUCCAGAUUCCUUUCGGUUAGAGAAAACAAGUACUAAUUAACAUAGGUCUUCCAUAAAAGCAAAAUGGCCUAAAAGCAGGAGAAUUCUGUAGCUAUCACGGGUGAAGUUUUACUUUGUUAGACACACACACACACACACACAAUGCCUGGAUUUUUUUUUUUUU